AUGGGCUAUCAAGAUGCAAUUCAGAUGUUACCACCUCGCACGGUAUCCCUCAGCGCCCCGGUCUACAUAGACGAGAAGGAAGAUGUUCGAUCAACUCUGCCACCUCUUCCCUUUAGCAGGAGACCACCCUAUGACUCGAGGCAUCCCUCAAUUACUCUGAGCGAAGCCCCCCAGAACAAUGCCCAUGUCGAUAGUUUACCGGGCUACGUACAAAAGCGUCCUGCUCCACAAUCCAUACACUCCUCGCCUCCGAGCUCACGCACCUGGUCAAGAACCGAAUCUCGAGAUCUCGAAACACCCGAACCUGACUACUCUCGCGCUUCAACUUCGUCCUUACCCGUCACUCACACAAUACCGUUCCGGCAACGAGAAAUCAAGCGGAUUUCCGACGCUUCACAUCAUUCGCAAGUUGCCGAGGUCUCCACUGCUGAGAGCAGCUCGUAUAGGAACUCUGCAAGCAGUGCCGUAGAGGCAGAAACCGAAUCCACCGAAGGGACUCAUUACAGUGAUGAGCCGCCAUCGCCCACAGAAGUCUAUCCGGCGCUGCAGUACCACCAUCAGCCCUUCAGCGACUCGCCACGCAAGCCUGCCCAAGACGACAACAACAGCUCCAAGUCAGACUCCCAAACAUCUUCAAAUGGCAACACCGGAUCUUCUGGACAGUCCGGCAGUUCUGCUCUCCUAUCCGCGCAAACGACACUACCCCGACCCAGCUCGGCCUACACACUAGGUUCGGAGUUGAACGCUGCUCGGGGCCGGACAUCAUCGCCCAACCUAGCAGCUAAUGGCCCACGUCACCUGUCACCUUCGCCCAGCGGCUCACCCCUCAGCCAUGCUCGGCCUCAAUCAGCACAGCGCCGCUCACCGGAGAGCCGACCAGUUUCCUACAUCGACCUCCUCAACACCCCCUACCAGCAACAAGCGCCCGCCGCCACCAACUUCGACAACGCCUUCCUCCGCAGCAACGUCGGCACCAACGCCUCCCUCCUCGACCCCAAGAAAACCCUCGAGAUGUACCGCCUCAACGUUAAGAAAACCAACGAUCCCGCCAUCCAAUACGAAUUCGCCGUCUUCAUGGUCAACAUGGCCAAAACCAUGCGGCGCACCUCCAACCCCUCUGCCUCCCCCAGCCCAAACCCCCAAGCAGAAAUGCUCCGCGAAGCGCGCUCCAUCCUCCAGCGCCUCGCCGACCGCGCCUACCCCUUCGCGCAGUACUACCUUGGCGACGGCUACGCGUCCGGCCUCUUUAACAAGGGCAAGGAGGACUGGGACCGCGCGUUCCCGCUCUUCGUCGCGGCGUCCAAACACGGCCAUGCCGAGGCCGGGUACCGCGCAGGGCUGUGCUACGAGUUCGGGUGGGGCUGCCGCAAGGACUACGCCAAGGCCGUGCAGUUCUACCGCGCGUCGGCCUCCAAGAACCAUCCCGGCGCCGCGACGCGGCUCGGCAAGGCGUGUCUGACGGGCGACAUGGGGCUGGGGAAGCGGUACCGCGAGGGGCUCAAGUGGCUCAAGCGCGCGGCGGAGAGCGCGGACGCGCAGUACAGAGACGCGCCGUACGAGCUUGGCCUGCUGCACCAGACGGGCUUCGGCGAGGACGUCUUCAAGGACGAGGCGUAUGCCGCGCAGCUGUUCACGCAGGCGGCGGAGCUGGGCCAUGAGCUUGCGAGCCUGAAGAUGGGCGAGGCGUAUGAGCAUGGCUUGCUGGCUUGUCCGCGGGAUCCGGCGCUCAGCGUGCAUUUCUACAACGGGGCCGCCCAGGCGGGCAUCCCGGAGGCGAUGAUGAACCUGUGCGCGUGGUACAUGGUCGGUGCGGAACCGGUGCUGGAGAAGGACGAGUGCGAGGCGUAUGAGUGGGCUAAGAAGGCUGCUGAGAUGGGCCUUCCAAAAGCAGAAUACGCAGUCGGCUACUUCACAGAAAUGGGCAUCGGCUGCCGGCGCGACCCCCUCGAAGCAAACGUCUGGUACGUCCGCGCCGCGGAUCAAGGCGACGAGCGCGCCAAACAACGUCUUGCGAUCAUCAGAGCCGCUGUCUCGGGCGAGGGAGCGGGCGUCCCGAUGACGGCCGACAAAGCCAAAGGCAAGAAGGGCGGCGGCGACAAGGACUGCAUUGUGAUGUAG